AGACAAGUGUGUAGUGUUCAUCGUGUGUGUGUGUGCUCGUAUCUCAAGACGAGCACACGUUGCUGUUGCUAACAUCAUGACAGGAAGUACAAGACUGAGCGAUACAAUCUCUCUCUCUUCCAUUGUACACCACUGACCAUACUUGGGACAACUUGCGCCGACAGAUGACAAGCUCGUGGGUUUAGUUCCCUCUGGUGUGCCAUUGUUUAUUUAUAUGCGAGAUUGCAGCAUGUGGACGUCACAGUGACACCCCCUCCCCCAUGAGCAUCUCUCUCAAAAGACCAUACACUGUUUCAACUGGUUUUAACUACAUCCUGGCACUACAGUGGAACCUGUCAUGCAACCGUUGUGACAUUUACUUACUGGCAUUACAGUGUCAGAACUGCCGUGUCACAUUCGGAAAGAUAAGGCUGCUUAUUUUAUGUUCACGGGAGAAAAAACUUCCUAAGAGUUAGUGUGACACCAUCUAUCCUGGAUGGGUAACGUCUGUCCAGUUGGGGGUGGGAGGCAGAAGAAGGAGAAUGGUGCUAAGUAUCUGCCUGACCCAAACCCCUCAGUCCAUAUUUCAUCUCCCCACACAGAUGACCAGCAUCCUCACUCUGGAGGCUCUGGUGACCAUCACAUUAGACCAUUGCCUAUUCCACCACCUGCUAAAAACAGAGUUCGAGCUUUGUACAACUUUGAAGCAAUAAAUGAAGAUGACUUGUCUUUCAAGAAAGGGGAUCUUAUGGAGGUGGAGGAUUUAUCGGAAUCAAAUGACUGGUGGCUGGCCACACAUACCAAGUCAGGCAAGAAAGGUUACAUUCCAAGCAAUUAUGUCAUUAAAGAUGAUACAUCACCACAAACUCAAGAUUGGUGGUUUGAGUUUGACCGCAAAGAAUCAGAUAAAAUGUUACUGUUACCUGGCAAUCCUCAAGGAACAUUUUUAGUUAGAGAGGCAACAGAUAAAUCAUCUUAUGUGCUCUCUGUACGAGACAGCGACAAAGCCAAUGGUGACCCCUGUGUAAAACACUACAGAAUAAGAAAAAUGGAUGAGGGUGGAUAUUACAUCAGUGCUAAAAAAAUAUUUAAAAGUUUAUUUGAUGUCAUUAAUUAUUAUAAAGAAAAUUCUGAUGGUCUGUGUUGUCGGUUAGCAUUAGCUUGUCCUCGAAUCAGACCAGUUGUUCACUUUAGAGAUCUAGAGCUUCCUAGAGACGCAGUGAAAUUAACACACAAACUAGGAGCUGGUUGCUUUGGAGAAGUCUGGAAAGGUACCAUGAGGAAAGUUGUGGAUGUUGCUGUGAAAACUUUGAAACCAGGAACUAUGUCUGCUGAGGCUUUUCUCAAUGAGGCCAAAAUUAUGCACAAAUUGACCCACUCUAAACUUGUACAGCUGCUGGCUGUUGUAUCAGCCACAGAACCUUUUUAUAUAAUAACAGAGCUUAUGGUUAAUGGAGCUUUGCUUGAUUUUCUUCGCUCGGACCAGGGAAAGAAGCUCAAGUUUACAACACUUAUAGAAAUGAAUUCACAGAUAGCUGAAGGUAUGACAUAUUUAGAGAGUGUCAACUUUGUGCACAGAGACUUGAGGGCUGCCAACAUCCUUGUUGGAGAACACUAUGAUGUCAAAGUGGCAGACUUUGGCCUAGCUCGUAUUUUAGAAGCUGAUGAUAUCUAUGAGGCUAAUGAAAAUGCAAAGUUUCCUAUUAAAUGGACAGCUCCAGAGGCAGCCCUAGAGAGAAAAUUUAGUAUUAAGUCAGAUGUAUGGUCUUUUGGUGUACUUAUGUAUGAAAUUAUUACAUAUGGCAAAGUUCCAUAUCCAGGUAUGGCAGGCUCAGAAGUGUUACAGAUGGUGGAAAAAGGCAGACGAAUGAGCAAACCAACCAAUGGUCCAAUAGAGGUGCCAGACUCUUACUUCAAUAUGAUGAUGAAGUGUUGGCACAGGCAGCCAGAGGAGAGGCCGACCUUUGAAAGUCUUCACAACUUUUUCGAUGACUAUUUUGUCAAUGUGGAGCCCAGCUACAGAGACAUGGAUGAACUUUAACUGUGUGCCAAGUGCACCAGCUGGUGUGAGCAUAGCUUGUCUCCAUUCCUUUUCCCACGAGUUUAGCAGCAUGUGAGUUUUGAAUGUUACAGCUGCAUUGUUAUGACAUUAUUGAUGUUUCACUACACCUAUCUCUAAAGAUAAUUAUAUUGUUUAUUAUGAGUUCAGCAUUAUUUGGUUUCAUACAUGAAAGUCUCUCAUCCUGGUCCAUUUAUGACCCAAAAAAAAAAAAUUACACAUUUAUUUAAUGUCUUCACUUUGAAUGUGGAAGUUGAAAAUGUUUGUUAUUGAAAAGUAGCUCAUGUAACAUGUAGUUGAACUCAAUAGUCUAGUGAAACUAAGCUGCUUAAUUGGCAACCUUAUAUAUAUAUAAUUUGUAUUACUGACUUAGCAAUAAGGCAGCUUAGUUAAACCAUCACUAAUGAGUUUGAAGCAAUAUAGCAGCUUAGUUUAACUAGCACUAUUGAGUUCAAAGCAAUAUAGCAGCUUAGUUAAGCAUUAUUGAGUUAAAGCAAUAUAGCAGCUUAGUUUAAUUUGCACUAUUGAGUUAAACUGGAAGAUACUUAAGUUGCUAAUAAAUGCCUCUUAAAUGUCUGUAUUCUGUGACAAGCACUAAAGCAUAGACUAUGCUUGUGGAAUUGAGUUUUGUGUAUUCCAUUAAAUAAACUUGGCUGAAGAAAUAUAUUGCAUUCAAUAAAUGUCCACUUUGAAUUGGCUAUAAAUACAACUAAUGUUCAGUUCUAUUGAGACAUGUUUAGCGGUGGUGAAAUAACAUUAGAUACAUGAUGUGAUGUCCCUAAGGUUAAGAUUGGGCAUGUUGUAUUCUGGUGACUUGUGGGGGAAAUUAUUUAUGAUUGAGAUGAUGUGUUUGGCCUUUUCAUUUUUUAGAUCAUGAAUUCUUUUACCUUGAUGGUUUUUUAUAAAGCCUUUUAUGGAAUAAGUUUGUUUAUGUUUGAACAAAUAUUUGUAAAAAUCUAUUGUUUUUAAAGAUUUUAGUGUUUUAGGAUUUCAUGUUACUGCUGAGGCAAAGGAAAAUCUUUGUUGAAUUUUGGUUAUACAACUGGAUAUGUAAUGAGGGUUUCAAACUGAUAUGCUGUACAUGGUAAAUGGUUCUCUCCAGUUCUAGCAAAGCACUGACAAUAGAUAUUGCUAUGUAGAAGGCAAAGGCUCCCAAGUUGAUGAUUCACAACUUCAAGGGUCACAACUCUAACAAUGCCGCAUCUUUCUUUACUUUGACCAUUACUAAAAAAUGAAACCUCUGGUUGGAACCACUGCAACAGGUUCCAUAAAAGAAGUCACUCUUUGUCUUGACAAUAAUAUUGUUCACAAUUUCUGUAUCAAAUUUUGUUCAUAAUGUAAAAUAAUGUGUAUUGCUAUCACUGUGUAUAUUUUAAAGCUACCAGUGUAGUAGAAUUAGAAAAUCUUUGAAGAUGGUAUAAGCUAUAUAAAUGUCAACCAUUUGAUUCUGUCUUGUUGAUCUAAGAAAUGCAUUCCCUUUUUCUUUAACAGCACAAAACAAAUAGAUCAGUUUACUUAUAAAAUGCAAAAUAUUUUUUUUUUCUUUAAGUAGGUCUGUGUCUGUUGAAACUAUUUACUCAUCUGCAUUUAUAUACUUUCUUUACCACACUCUUUCAACAACAAAAAAUGGCAGGCUUAAAGCUGAUGCACUUUUUCUUAGUUACUGUCUGGUCUAAACAAGAACAAUUUUGACUUAUUAAUGUUUGAGUGCAAGGGUCAUUGUGCACAAUUCAUAGUUGGACUUUUUAAGUGUACACUUUUUUCUUUGUUACAAGUGCCCACCCUACCUUGAUGCCUAUGCUAAACUUAACAUUCCCAAGAUGGUCCAAACCUUUGAACCACUUAUGGUCAAUUUGUUGUAUUUUACAUUUGUUGAAACUUGAACACUUUGUCUUAAGUGACCUUAUUCUGUUUUAUAUACAUUAAUAUGCUCUAUAGAUUUGCACACAGUUUCUUGCUUGCAAGACAUGUGCACUUUUUGUAUGUUUUCUUAGGGCUUGAUCAGAUGAUGAUCUGGUACAUGCAACUGUCUAUAGCUAUAGUUUUGAAAGUAUAUAUACAGCAAAUUGGUCAUAUUUUUAUUUGUAUGUGCUAAAAAUUUAUAGAUAAUAGGCUAAAAGCUUGAGUGUAGUACAUGUUUAAAACAUGAUUGAGGAGUACAUCAAUAAUUCUUACAUCCUAUUUUUAUGUAUAGUCUUGUAUACAAUACUAUGUGCCUAUGUUUCUUGUUAUUGUUGUUUUUUUAAUGGAAAUUAUGUUGUUGAACAUUGUUGGAUGUAGAUAUAUUGUUUUAAAUCUAUUAUGUUUAUUUUGGUACUUUUAAAAAAUCCCUUCAUUCCUUCAUUGUAUGUUAUUAGUUCUGUGCUUUAGACAUAGGUGUUCACACUAACUAAUGUGUUUUGGUAUUGUUCAAUUUCACCAGGUGAUCUGAUAACAAACAUUUUAGAAAAUGUUUCCUGCAUCUGAGCACUUGCAUAAAUAUCAAUGUAUUGUAGAACACAGCAUAAUGUCACAAGUGCUAAUGACAAUCUGAAUUCAUUUCACAAGACAACAAAAGACAUGUUGCAUCAUUGUUUAUGUUUCUAUCCUUUAAGUCUCUGUGAGAGAAUUGACAAUGAAUGACAGUGUAUAAAUAUGAAAUCUGUAUUUAGGUUGUUUUUAUAUAGAAUUGAAUCUUUAAAAAAAAAAUGAAUUCUUCAAGUCUCUAAUCCUGGUCCUUACUUCUAACUUCUCAAAUUUGGCUCUUGCAAUCAACAAAAAUUUCUUUCUUAUAGUUUGUUAGCUGUUGAGUCUAUGAGAGUGAGGUCAUAGUGCUAUAAGAACAACAAAAAAUUUCAUUCUGUUUUAACUGACACAAUCUAUAGAUAUUUUCUUGCUAUUUUUCCUUCAUCACUAUUUACAUUAAAAACAAAGAGGUCAAGUUUCUAAGUGCCUGGCAUCCAAACUAAGGGAUCUUGAGCUUGAAUCCAGCAGAAUUAAUUUCAAUUUAGGAACUGGAUGUGUGACCUAGUGGCUUAAAUCUCUUGGAUACGGGGCUGGAGUUGUGUUUUGCGAGCGUCAAAACCUUCUCCCAGAAACUCCCAUCCCUCACUGGUCCACAAAAGAGAUUAGACCAUAGCGCAAUGAGCAUGUUUAUAAGCAAGAAAGUAUCUCUCUAUAAAAAGCGAUCAAAAAGUCCAUACAGCCCUGAAUAUGUUUGGGCAAGUAAAAAUGGUUGAUGUAUGACAUCUGUCAAACAUUGGCAUUGGAAAAAAAGAAUCAAGGAACUGAAUGUAUUAGCAUUCCCUUACUUGUACUAUUCAUAGUUCAUUUCUGUGCACAGCAUUUUUGUUUGUUUCAUGUUAACUUCAUUACUAUUCACAUCAAAUUGUCUCUAGUUGUUUUUCAAAUGGUUUCAUUCUCCUAAUGUUCACUAUGGAUCCUAGAAGCAGUAUGGCUCCCACACACACUAUAUAUAUAAAUAUAUAUAAAUAUCCAUGGUCAGUUUAGCAUUUUAACUAAAAGCACAGUUCUUUUGGAUAGAAACUAUUUUCAAGUGGUACAUUUGUAUAGUUAUAUUUUGAAGUUAGUUUAAAGAUAGUCAAUAUUUAUUGCUACACACUAUUUUUAAAGUGUUUUCUUUUUAAAUUGUCAUGCAAAGUAAUUUCUUUGGUAUUUUUAUUGGCCUUUUUUUCUUUUGAACACAUUUCUAUUCAUUUAGAUAAAGAUUUGAUCACUCACCAAAUAUGUCUGAUUAGCAUUAGGCUAUUUUUAGAAGAUGUUUAAAAAAAAAAUUGUUGUUUUGUUAUUUUAAAGGUAAUUGGUUUAAUUGAAUAAUUUAUUGAAUACAUCGUAAACCCACUUCAAUAUAUAUAUAUUUAAAAUCUAUUAGCUACUUUUAAAGUUGUUACUUGAUCACAUUGGGUGAAUGUUAGCUCAACAUUUGAUUUGUUAUUUCUUUUUAAAUGAUUUUGCUUUGGAAAACUUGUAUCCUCAAUUCAGAGUUGGCAAGUUCACUAAAUAUGUACAUAUUUUUUGCUAUAUAUAUAUAUUGUCUUAUCCAUUCCAAACACACAUUGAACAAAUAAAUUUGGCUACUACUUUCAA